AACGACGUCGCUGCAACAGGGGUCACAUUUAAGCGCACGCACUAGAUUGAGAGCUCAAUUCUGUCUGUUUAUUCACAGUUGGUGUAGAUAAUGGAAGCUUUUGGAACUCAUCUUAUGACAAAAUCAAACACGAUAAUGAAGCUGAAUUUAGUGGGACAAUGUGUUUUGAUGGGGCGGCGCCUCUUGAAUCCGUUUUGCGGUGGCCGCGCGUUUUCUUCUGUGGUUAAUCAAUGGGACGGCGGUGUUUCGAUGGUGCAAGGUGCAUCCAGAGGCAUCGGCCUUGAAUUCGUUAAACAGUUGUUAGAGAAAAGCAACAAAGGGCAUGUUGUGGCAACUUGCCGUAAUCCUAGUAAGGCGACUGAGCUUCUGGACUUGAAGAAUAAGUUUGCUGAGCGCUUAGAUAUUCAUAAGCUGGAUCUUACGAUAGAUAGCACAAUCGAGGAAACGGCAAAGUCUGUGAGAGAUAAGUAUGGUUAUCUGAACCUCCUUGUAAAUGCAUCUGGGAUUCUCACAGUACCAAAUGUUAUGCAGCCAGAGACCACAUUGAACAAGGUUGAGAGAGCUUCCUUACUUCUCGCGUAUGAGGUCAAUGCCGUUGGCCCUAUUUUGGUCAUCAAGCAUAUGUGGCCUCUGCUUAAGGCUGGAGGCGGCACCGGAACUGAACGAGAAACAGCAAUUGUGGCGAGUGUAAGCGCCAGAGUGGGAUCAAUCGGAGAUAAUCGCCUAGGAGGGUGGCAUUCGUACCGAGCUUCUAAAUCUGGACUUAAUCAGUUGAGUAGGACAGUGUCAGUGGAAUUCGCUCGCAAAAAAGAUCCCAUUAUAUGCAUUCUGUUGCAUCCAGGAACAGUAGAUACAGAUUUAUCAAGACCGUUUCAGAGGAAUGUUGCAGAAGGCAAGCUCUUCACCAAAGAGUUUUCUGUCCAGAAAUUGCUGGGCAUCAUUAACAGUGUGAAAGCAUCUGAUAACGGUAAGUUUUUUGCCUGGGAUGGUGAAGAGAUUCCUUGGUGAAUGCUGAUCUGAUAAACAAGCGUGAAAUGUGCGGUCUUAGAUUCUAGGACGAAAUAAUGUAUUACACCAUCUUUUUUUUUACUUUGGGGGAGGGGGAGCGGUGAGGUUUGAACUCUGAACCUCACUGUUCGUAGACAGGAGUCCUUGGUGUCCCCUUUGGGACAAUUACAACAUCUUUGGUAGAGAAACACUGCUCAAAUUCUUUUUUUUUGUUUUCCAUAUUACUUUGAGAAUUUUUAGGAAUUACACAAGGAAUUUACCCUUUUCAUGUAUUUAAAUUUGAUUCUUUGUGCUAUUAAUUAUUAAAGAUAUAAAGAUAUAGCAUAUGUGUUAAAAA